UCGCCAUUGUCCCUCGCGGCACGACGGGGAGAUACAGAACGUGUGAAGCAGUUGCUUGAAGACCCUGAUGUUGACCUCAACGCCGUCGACUAUUGGAGCAGUACUCCACUCACCUACGCUGCGCGGAAUUGCCAUAUCGACAUAGUAAGGAUGAUGAUAUUGCUCACGAGGAACGGCGCCAAUGCAAACGCAAGGGAUCGCAGUGAACGAACGGCGAUCUCAUGGGCUGCUCAAGCCGGACAAGCUGAUGCCGUAGAUUUGUUGCUGAAACACGGCGCUGAUGCAAACCUACCGGAUAGGUACGGAAGCACACCGCUCUGGUACGCAUUAAGGGAAAAUGAGGAGGAAAUCGCGAAGAAACUGAUA